UCGUGGCAGGCCCAGCACACGGCAACACGAACGACGCUAACAGGAUGAUGCCAACAGGUUGCACAGUUGCUUACAUCAAUCUGCCGUUCCCCCAGACCAUCAGAUGACGGGUAACCUUAUCUGAUAGCUUUAUUCGGAAACGGGAAGCUCGGACGGCCGCGAAUGUUCAAACUUUUUGGAUUAUUAAAUUUUUUUUUGGAGGGGUUUUCUCACGAACCACGUCGUUAAUGGCAGUGUGUUGACGAUCAUCAUGCCCCCGUGCCGUUAACGGUUGGAGUCCGAGGGGGUUACCCUGGCUGGACUAGAGAGCCAACGGGAGGACUCUCGCCUCUCUGCGGGUUUAUGCAAGGGUACCUGGGAGGAGAGCGACUGCUAUCGCAACGAGGUAACGAACACCUAGGGGUGGCAGCUACGUAUGGAUACGCUUGAAGCGCGCGCCAUGACUAGGGAGAGCCUCGAGGGGGUUCAGGUUGACGCUCGUGCCCUGCUGCCAUCAUCGGCAAGCGGCCAGCGUCUUCAUUGCUCGUGGGCUCUCGAACCGGGCCGGCUCGUCGAGACGUGAGUCGACGUGAGUGCACUGGGUGCGAGUCUCCGCCACAAGCAACCAGCCAGCGCAGCGAGAGAGUCGGUCCGCGGCCUCCACAGAUAAUUCGUCUGCCCAAUCGCUUCCCACAUUACAGAUUAUUUUUGCUUGGGCCCCUCUCAGCAGACCCUGUAUCUGUCGAGCCAUCACCGUACCUGCGGGAUGGAGCAGUCGACACCAGGGAGCCUUAGCGUUUCCACCUUUCUGAUGAUGGAUCUUUGUUGGCUUUUCUCCCCCCCCCCCUGUGGAAGUGCCGCGGUGGAGGCCAUGUGCCGCCGAGCCUAGUAAGGCGGUUGUGGAAAUACAUACAUAUCGCCGACCUUUCAUCGUAUGCCUGCCCACUUGAGACCUCUUUUCCUCCCUAACCUUCGUUUCUCAUCGUCAGCUUCACGGUCAUCUUCUUGUUUGUUUAUCUCUUUGUUUUUUUGUCCUCAUGUGACAUUCCUAGUUCUAGACACACGUCUCUCGUUUCUUACAUUCUACGUGUCUGGUACCCGCACUCGCUCAUACUCGCUCUCACCGAGCAACAACAUUCUUUAUACAACGAGCGACUCGCUUUGUACGUUCUCAAAAACGAACCAAAUAUGGCUCGUUCAACCGCAUACAAGGUCAUCACGACCGCCUCUUUCCUUUCACAACUCUCGUCCGCCGCCAUCACAGCCUGCCCGAACGAUGAGGUCGUUUGGGAGACGCCCAUCGGCGUCAAGUACACCGUCUGCCCCGGUUCCGACUAUCAGUUCGGAGGCGGCAGUCUCCAGGUCGUCAGAGACGUCCAGUCGACGCUCGAGUGCGUCCAGGUCUGCGACACGGAUGCCCGAUGCGACAGGGCCGUCUACGACAAGGAGGGCAAGAUCUGCCACGUCAAGAACAGCAAAGCCGAGUUUUCCUGGGCCGCCGAUGGUCGUUUCGACGCCAUCCGCAUGACCAACGACUUCGCCGAGGGCACCUUCCUCGCCACGUGCCCCUUUGACGAGGCGGCCUACCGCGUGCCCAACACCAACGUCGACUACCGCGUCUGCCUCAAUACUGACUACACGGGUGACAGCGUCAAGAUGGUCAACGACGUGACGACCAUCCAGGCUUGCGCGGAGCUCUGCUCAAACACGCAGGGCUGCAAGAAGUCCGUCUUUGACCACGUCAAUAACGUCUGCCACAUCAAGGCCGCCGAGCCCGAGGCGUCCCUCUUCUGGGUCCAGAACAAGCAGUUCAGCACCAUCCAUGUUCCCGAGCGCAUCAACCCGGCCGUCCAAGGGAGAUGGGGCGAUCUCAUCCGCCUGCCCGUGAUCCCCGUGGCCGCAUACAUUGUCCCAUCGUACCCCGAGCCCAGCAGGCUGCUGUUCUUCUCCUCCUGGGGCAAGGAUGCCUUUGGCGGCGCCUCGGGCCUGACGCAGUACGGCGACUACAACUUCGCCACGGGCCAGAUCUCCAACCGCACCGUCGCCAACACCCGCCACGACAUGUUCUGCCCCGGCAUUAGCCAGCUCCAGGACGGCCGCAUCAUCAUUCAGGGCGGCUCGGACGCCGAGGCCGUCAGCAUCUACGACCCCGCCACCAACGAGUUCACGCGCGGUCCCGACAUGAAGGUCGCGCGCGGCUAUCAGACGUCGUGCACGCUCUCAAACGGCAACGUCUUCACCAUCGGCGGCGCCUACUCGGGCAAGCGCGAGGGCAAGAAUGGCGAGGUGUACGACCCAGUCGCCAACGAGUGGACCUACCUCCCGGACGCCGACGUCACGCCGAUCCUGACCAACGAUCACGAGGGCAUCUGGCGCGAGGACAACCACGCCUGGCUCUUCGGGUGGAAGAACGGCAGCGUCUUCCAUGCAGGCCCGGGCAAGGACCAGCACUGGUUCGGCAGUGCAGGCACCGGGUCCGUCAGUAAGGCGGCGACGCGCGACGACGACGACGCCAUGUGCGGCACCUGGGUCAUGUACGACGCCGUGGCCGGCAAGAUCCUCUCAGCGGGCGGCAGCCCUGACUACACGGACAGCGUCGCCACGCAGCGCGCGCACGUGACCACCAUCGGCGACCCCAACACGCCAUCCGAGGUGGAGCGGGUCGCCGACAUGGCGUUCCCGCGCGGGUUCGCCAAUGCCGUAGUUCUCCCCGACGGGCAGGUGCUCGUCACGGGCGGCCAGCGCAAGUCCAUGGUCUUCACCAACACGGAUGGCAUCCUUGUGGCGGAGCUCUUCAACCCGGAGACCAAGGAGUGGAAGCAGAUGGCAGCCAUGGCGGUGCCGCGCAAUUACCACUCGGUGUCGAUUCUCAUGCCGGACGCGACCGUCUUCACGGGCGGCGGAGGGCUGUGCUAUGUCGCGACCAUCGGCGCAUCGUCAGCCGGCUGCGACAAGACUGUCGAUCAUGCCGACGGCGAGAUCUUCGAGCCCCCCUACCUGUUCAACGAGGACGGCAGCCACGCGGCGCGACCCGUCAUCGCGGCCAUCGGCGAGGAGCCUGUCAAAGCCGGCGCGACGCUCAAGUUCACGGUUGAGGGCGUCGAAGGCCAGGGCCGGGUUACCCUCAUCCGGACGGGGUCCGUUACCCACAGCGUCAACAGCGACCAACGCCGCAUCCCGCUCAACGACGUCCAGGUCAACGGGCAGGAAUACUCUGCCAAACUGCCCGAGGACUACGGCAUUCUGCUCCCGGGAUAUUACUACCUCUUCGUCUCGACGCCGCGGGGCACACCCAGCAUUGCAAAAACUGUGCACGUCAUCUUGUAGAUAAUAACAUGCGAAAAGCAUCAGCGUCAAUUCCAUCAUUAGUUUGCUCACUUUUU